UGUUACAGGGAAGACCCAGAUGCACUGCAUCAAUAUCUGAGUGAGCUAAAAACAGACUUGGCCGUGGAGUACCAAGUCACGCUCCGAAAAGACCAGCUGGACAGGAAGAGGUUUUUGAACAGGUUUCCUCUGGUAAAAUGAGAGCUAGAGGAGUUCAUAGGAAAGCUCCACGCGUUCGCAGACAAGGUUGACAAGGUCCACAGGGACUGCACCAUCUCCAACAUUGCGGCCAUCUCCACUGGCGCUGUGUCUGGUGUCCUGACCAUACUUGGCCUGGCUUUGGCACCCAUGACAGCGGGGGCGAGUCUGGCACUCUCGGCCACUGGGUUAGGGCUGGGAGCAGCGGCUGCUGUGACCAGUGUGUCCACCAGCAUUGUGGAACACGUCAGCACGUUGUCAGCAAAAACCGGAGUUAGUCGCCUGAUGUCAACUGGGUUCCUGGAGGCACUUAAGAUCAGCCCCCGAACUGUUGGCACAACAAAGAAAUUCACAGAAGCUGUGCAACGCAUUGAAAUGAAUAUCCGUGCCAUGGAGACGGUCAAAAGCAACCCUGGCUUAGCAGCCGAUGCAAACGUCUUCAUCAGCAGUGGAAUAAUCUCAGUCCAAAGCAGCCAGCAGGAAGAGGUUACUUUCAAAGGCAGGGCUCUGGCAAUGACCAAAGGAGCCCGGAUUGUGGGUGCGGGCACUGCAGGUCUCUCCCUUCUGAUGGAAGUGGCCUUCCUGGUGAAAGAGGCGAAGCACUUGCGUGAGGGGGCAAAGACAGAGUCGGCUGAAAGGCUGAGGCAGCAGGCCCGGGAGCUGGAGAAGAAGUUGGAGGUGCUCACCGGCAUCUAUGAGAGUCUGCAGUAGGGCUGGACUCCGCCACUCCCCGAGCUGUGCAGGGACCAGGGACACUUGCGGGGCCAAGGCACGGAGGCACCUUGUUAGAGGGAAAAGGAGGACGAGAUAACAUAGAUGUAGCUAGGUGUUAGGAAUUUGGCAUUUCUGUAGCUGAGCACAGCAGGGGAGGGAUAAAUGCAGGUGGCAGGUGGGGGAGAGAGAAGGAAGGAGCAUGGAGCCUGGACAAAGGGAGGAGAGGGGCCUAGAGAGUGCGGGGAGGAGAGAAGCCACUUAUUUUGGACUAAAGAAGACACUGGGGGCAGAAUAAAGGGAGAGGGAGGGGGAACUAGCAACAAGAGGCCAGGAAUAUGAAAGGGUUGAACAUGGGAAAAAGCCCAGGAGUUAGGAUCGUUGGGCUCCAGGAGAAGUAGCAGGGGCUCCUCUCUCACCCCUCCCCAGGGUUUGAUGUCUCUGGUGGUCUCUAGCCCUACUUUUCCAGUAUCAACUCACCUUUGAUUCUAGCAGCUUUAUCUUAAUUAGGCAGUGAUUUCUUUUUGUUUGUUUGUUUUGCGGUAAGCGGGCCUCUCACUGUUGUGGCCUCUCCCGUUGCGGAGCACAGGCUCGGGACG